AUGGCCGAGCCCACUCCAUAUGAGCAUUGCUCCCAUGAAAUCGUGAGUGACUUUGCCAAUUCAGGCUCUCAAAUACUCCUUGAUGCUGUCAAGACAUCUGCGGAGUCACAAUCAUUCCCAUCCCAAUUAAAUAGCAUUUUCACCGAGGUCCUCAUGUCAGUGGAAGAGGAAAGCAUAACCGUAGAUGAUGCUUCUGAAUUCUUGAAACGGGCGUUGUUGUCUGCCGAGUUACAAGUCAUCUUUUGUCAGGUUUUUGAUGUAUACCCUCUAGGAGAGAACCUAAAGUCACUUCUCCAAAGCAUAGCAGACAAAAAUUUGUUGGAUCAAAAUGUCCUUGCUACACAUAUUAGCUCUAGCACCCUCAUAGAUACUGGAUUGCUUCAGGGUAGUUUAUUUACGCGUCAGUGUAAUACUAGUAAGAGAGAUCACUUCUACACACAGAAGAAAUUCAAUUUAUUUCACGAAGAGUUCGAGGGUUACUCGUUGAUAGUCAGUGAGUUGGAUGAAAUUCUCUCCAAUCCACAUAAUAUUGAUCUUGUGGAGUAUGCCGUCGAAGCUGUCAAUAAGCUCAUUGGCCACUACCUACUUGAUCCCAACCGUGUGCUUGACUUGAUCAUAGACAUAUUCAUCAAUAUGCUAGUCGGCAAUCAUGAAUUUAUCAUUCAAUUCCUAAAAAAAUCCUUGUGGUGGCCCCAAACUGAAGCAGAUUGUCUACUGGGGUUCGACAAUCUUAACCAUGGAGGUUGCACUGCAGCCUCAAACAUCAUUAUCUUGAAAUUGAAGAAAUUCCCCGGCAUUGAACUCACAGAAACAUUCAAGAUUCUCGUUGCCAUCCUCAUCAAAAUUGGCUUCAUCAGUUUCGGCUCAAUUUACAAUCGCAUCCCGCCAGCUGACGAUACAAUGCAACUUCUCGAAAAAGCAUACUUGAGCGACUUGGAAAAUAAAGUUUUCCGAGCAAGCGCAAAUGCAUUGGCUCUUGCUGCUCCGCUCAAGGACGACGAUGACAACAACACUACCGAGGGUGAAGUCAAGAGUACCCAAGAGAAAAACACCACAGAACCUCAGACUUUUGAAUCGCUUUCUAAACUGAAUGUGAAAUUACAAUUAUUUAAGGUAUUCUUAGCCAAUGGUUUGUAUUGGCCCAGUAUUUUCAUGUUAUCACAGUACCCUUUUUUGGCCCACAUUGACAAAGAGGUUGCUAGCUUAUUGAACAGAGUUCUCGCCACUUUAAUUUCGCCGCUCUAUUGCCACAUGAAUCCACUAUCGGCUCAUGAUGUGUCAGUUUUGCAGCGAGGAAGAGACGUUUCUACAAUUAAUAGGGGCAAAUUGACCAUUGGAAACAUCCCUCUUGUCACCCAGUAUUGCUUCAAGCCCACAAUCAAAAGCUACUAUGGUAAAAGAUAUGUCUAUUUUUUCAAAAAUUGGGCAGAUGGUCUUCCCAUCUGUUAUUCGAAAGAUGACUUGGUGACGAUGUCCCAUCAGUUUCUCAAAUUCUUCGGGCCAAUUCUCGCCUCGAGCCAUUCGAAUUUCACUCAAAUUUGCGAAAUCAUAGCACACGACAUUUCGCAAGAUGCAUCUCCUGAAAAUAAAGAUAUGUGGUUUAAUUAUUACCGCAACUACAUUUUUCCGUAUAUCGGUUGGCUUCAAGAUAAUCCAGUGGUGGUAGACAAAGCUUACAGCGUUCUCCGGUUGUUUGACAGUGAGGAAAGGUUCAAUCUAUAUGGCGAACUCAACCAAGUCAUGGCUCGUAACAAUUCUCACGUCAAAAUCUCAUUUGGAAAAGCAGAGAAAGCUACUAAAGACACUUUGAAACGUCUUUCCAAAGAGAAUGUGACAGAAAUGAUGAAAAAGCUUGCGAGCAUUAGCAUUUACAACCCACUUCCUUGUUAUUUGACUAUUCUUCAGCAACUUGAGAGUUAUGAAAAUUUGAACUCCUUGAUUGUUGAAACAGCUGCUUACUUCUCAGAUUAUUGCUGGGAUAACUUGACGCUCGCUAUCCUUAUGAGACUUUCUGCUGCUGGGAGAUCAAGUCUUCUGGAAAACGGACUCAAUGACCGUCGAUGGAUCCAGUCUCUUGCAUCCUUUAUUGGUGAGCUUUCUCAAAAAUACCCUGACAAAAUUGACCUAGAUUCUCUCAUAAAGUACCUCGUCAAGUCAUUCCAUGCUAAAGACAUUUCAGAGCUCCUCGUUCUCAAGGAGGUGAUAUCCAAAAUGGGAGGCUUUCAAGCGAUCACAAAUUUGACACAAUUGCAAGUGAACAUGAUCCGUUGUCAGUCAUCCUUAGCAAACAUUGUUUAUAAAACUAUUGGGGAUUCGAGAUACGAACGGGAGAAAUCGGGUCAAAUACUCGCUCAAACUCUCUUGACAGACAACUAUGCAAGCGAAUUGUUUGUUCUAAUCUGUAAAUUGGAUCGGCAAAUAAUGCAUGACUCUUCAUCUUCUCACUUGAAAGUGCUUGCAUCGAGGCGAGACGAAGUCAGUGCUAUUUUGCAUUUGCUCUGCUCCUUGUUCAGUUUCUUUUGUGAAGAUAUUCUGAGCAUCGUUUCGAUUGCAUCUUUGAUGCAAAAAUAUGGUGUUUCUGUUUCCUGGGCUUUUGAGUUAUGGCGGAAGUUUCUUCCUAAAGAGUUUGGGCUCACUGACAUAGAUCCCACUCUAUUCGACAUCGCCUCAGUUGAUCAAUCGUUGUUUUACACAUUUUGGAAACUUGACCUCCAUGAUAUAAACUACUCUGCAGAUUUGUACAACUCUGAAUUGGAGAAAUUAAGAUCAAAUUUAUUCCAACAAAACGAGGAAUUAUCCUUUUUACUGAACUCCAAGGGCGAGGACGCUUCGAAAAUCUCUCCGAUUAAAGACAAUAUAAAACGCAUUGAAAAAAUCAUGACUGAAAUACCAGAGCAAAUGUCUACACAUGAGAAGCAUUGCCUGGAGAUUUUUGAGUUUUUGAGUAAGGACAAUGGUUCGUGGUUUACCCUGGAUCAACUAGAAAAUAAUGUUCAUGACUUUUUGCGAGUAUGUUUGCUUCCUCGUGCUAUUCAUUCUUGCUUCGACGCACUCUAUUGUGCUCAGAUUUUGUUUAAACUCCAUGAACUAAGAGUCCCCAACUUUUCGCUCUUGAGCUGUAUCGAGAAGCUUUUCGAGAGUCAGAUUUUGUUCUCAACCUUAUUCACUUCUACUCCGACAGAAGCAGAAAAUUUAGGUCUCUUUGUUUCCGUUAUUUUACAACAGCUUGACUCGUGGAGAGACGAAGAAAAGUUCACUCAACUGUCGAAUCAAUCCGUCAUUAGUGACGUGCACAAAAACGAAAUUCUGUUUGCUUCAUUCAAGAAAUCUCUUUUCUGUCUCCACGCAACGAUCCUUAGCGACAUAUCGAGGGCACUCGUUUCGACUUCGUAUAUGUCUAGAAUGAAUGUGAUCACAUUCUUGAAGAAUUUGCUUAACAUUUACCCUAUUGUGGAAGAUCAUUGUGAAGAGAUAGCUCACUUGAUCGAAAAUGUUUCCAAGUUUGAUCCAAGAGAUGACUUGAAAUUGUCAUCUGCCGCUUUGAUAGGACAUGUGAAAUCGAGAGAGAAAAAGUGGGUACAUAUGUGGGAUUUCAUGGACAUGGAUGAUCAGGACUUAGAAGAACAAAAAUUAAAACGGAAAGGCAUUGAAGAUGAUAAGGAAGCAGCUAAAAAGCGGAAGCAGGAACUUCUCCUUGCUGAGGCGAGAAAACAUGCGGAAGAGCAAGACAAGCUCGAAGCAGAAGAACACAGCCGCCAAAUUAGUGAUAAGAACUCACAGGCAUCAGCUGCCUCUCUUGAUUACAGUGACAAGGUCCCGACUGGUCCUCGAAACGUUGAGAGAUUGAAGAGUACAGCCCCUCGGGGAAGAUAUGACAUGUACACAGGCUCUGUUGAUACUGAUACAGCUACAAAGCCAUCCACUCCAACAGGGCCACAAUCCACAAGGACUGGAAGUUCCAGAGAUACACCCCCUGCGCCAUCACACCGUGCAACAGAAGAGAAGGCAACAAGACCUGGAAAGCAGGAGCCGGACUCGACAGAUCUUUUUGCCAAACGUAUCAGCAGAGAAAAUACCAAGAGUCCCGCGGCUCCCGUGUCUAGAACUAAUACACCGACAAAUGCGAGAGGUCAAGGCUCGCGACCUCAUCAGGUUGCUGAUGUGCCUACGUCAAGGAUCGUCCAAGGCCGUCAACGAGCAUCCUUACCGCCUCAACAAGCACCGCUGGAGAAGAGAGCACCAUUGCCGCCUCAACAGGCACCGCUGGAAAAGAGAACACCAUUACCUCCUCAGCAAGCUCCUCUGGAGAAUAGAGCACCUUCGCGCCCUCAGAAUCUGCUGGAGCGUGAUUCUAAAAAUGCAAAGACUUCGCAAAGAGGCUCUGUGCCUCAGCAAAGAAGCUCAGACAACCAACUGCGGGCCUCACUUCCCCCUCAGAGAGCACCCACACCGCACAGGGAUUCUGCUCUGCAGCAAAGAAAACCUCUUCCGCCUCAAGCUCCACCUCCUCAAAUGACACAGAACUCACGAGCCAACGAUCGCGGAACCGGCCGUGAUAGUUCUCGCGAUACUAGAGACAACAAUCGCAACACUUAUCGCGAGGGUGCUCGUGAUCGCGGCAACAAUUAUCGUGACAACUACCGUGAUGGCAGCCGUUCGGUCAGCGGUCAUGAUGACAAACGCAGCUUUGGUCGGGGAUCUGCUCGUGAUUCGGUACCUAGAGAUGGUGCCAAUCCAGGUGGCAGAGAUCGGUCUCAGACUACACGCACUUUUGGUCAACGAGAGUCUAACGACAAUCGCGGCCAAAAUCAAAAUUCUUCAGCGGGAUACAAUGCAGCAUCAAGAGCGAAAACUCGCCCAGCCCAUGAGACAAGCAGAAGACCACCUUCUGCUGGGCCCUUGCCUCCACCUUCUUUACCACCUCCAUCAAAUCUUCCACCAAGUGCAAAGUCGAGCGAUAGCUCUCAAAGACUGAACAAAAGACUGUACGAGGAAGGUGGUGAGUCCAAUGAUAAGAGACGCAGGCGGUGA